CCGCAUCACACGUUUACACAUCAGCACGCCGCCGCAGAGAAUCACGCACGAUCUCGGGGCCCUCCUCGGCAGCCGCGGCGGCAAUAUUUUCUCACGAUCUGUAAAUCUUAAAAACCAACCAUCAUUCGGCGCCGAAGCUCAGUUAGUAGUCUACUUCGGCCGGUGGUGGAACGUGGCGAAUCUUGUGUGCACCCAGUGUGUAGUCUCCUUCCGUUUGUGACCAAACCGCGCGAAUCUUCUACCCUUCCGACCCUUAACGCCACCUUUGCGCCGAAAACUCACUAUAUAAAGAUCUACCAUCCGUGUUUAUUCUUAUUCUUCAACCGUGGCUACCUUAGUGGAACGUUACCGCAGCAGCAGCAGCAGCAACAGCCGCACCAUGGACGAUACGAUCGACGAGGAAGUGAUCUCCGCCGGCGCUACCAUUACGGUGGAGUUUAGUGGUGGCGCGGAAACGCUGUUCGGAGGAGUCAAGGAACAUGAGGUUCCGUUGGAUGGAUCCAAGAUUGUGCUCCUGGAGGAAAUGCUCCGAUGGCUGCGGGAUAACCUGCUCACCGGCGAUCCUAACCUAUUCCUGCAGGAAAACACCGUAAGGCCGGGCAUCCUGGUCAUGAUCAACGACACCGACUGGGAUUUGAUGGGCGAAACCGACUACAUUCUGCAACCGGGCGACCAUAUUCUGUUCAUUUCCACCCUUCACGGAGGAUAGACACUGCCCGCUGGAGUUGGGAUCUGUGAUACAAUACAAUUUUUGGUAUAAAAACAAACAAAAAAAAAAACAGUUGAAGUUGUCCUUUGUGUAAGUUUGUAUUAGAGCAAAUGGCGAGGAAGGUCGUUUCCUUUCUUGUUUAUAUAUUUGCUUGGCUAGGUUAUUAACAAAACAAUGAAAUCUGAAAGGUCUGAAGGUUAGAUCCGCCGUUAUGGUGGAUCGUUCUAGAUGUGUGCCCGAAAAAAUGUUUGUAUGAACGAAAGCAAGAAGAAAUGAAACUAAUUAAGCACGUCAGUACUUUUUGUAUAAAAAUAAAUGAUGAAAAAACAGAAAACAAAAAAAAAAAUGUGUAAAAAAGAGAAGCAAGUAAUAAAAAAUAAACAAACGCACGUGUUAAUCGUAA